GGUAACAGUAACAUGUUUUUUGGUUAUUCCAAGUAUUGUUGGCUGUAAAAGAAAUGAAGAAAUAGCUUUAAUCCGUGAAGCAAAAUAUGUUCUCGAAUGUAGCUAAACUGUAGGCGAAGAAGAUAUCUGAAAUUUAUUUUUCGUUGGUUGUAACUUUAUUAUUAGGUGAGAAAAAUGCUGGGAUUCGGCAAAAAGGCCUCUAUCAACUAUCAGGAUCUUCAGAAGCAAGAAACAUUGCUUACAAUAUCUAUUCUAACUUUGGCUGCAAUUUUAUCGUUCGCCACGCGAUUAUUUUCGGUGUUAAGAUUUGAAAGUGUAAUUCAUGAAUUUGAUCCUUACUUCAAUUAUCGUACUACUAAAUACUUGGCUGAACAAGGCUUUUAUGCAUUCCAUAAUUGGUUUGACGAUCGAGCAUGGUAUCCUUUAGGACGCAUUAUUGGAGGUACUAUUUAUCCAGGUCUAAUGAUUACCUCUGCUACACUAUAUCGACUUUGCCAGUUUUUACACAUUGAUAUUGACAUAAGAAAUGUAUGUGUAUUUGUGGCUCCCUUGUUUUCAUCUCUAACUACAUUAAUUACAUAUUUAUUAACAAAAGAGGUUUUCAGUAAAGGGGCAGGUCUUACAGCAGCUUCCUUUGUGGCAAUUGUUCCAGGCUACAUUAGCCGUUCUGUGGCUGGUAGUUAUGACAAUGAAGGAAUUGCAAUAUUUUGUAUGCUGUUAACUUAUUAUGCUUGGAUUAAAGCAUGUAAAACGGGUGUGAUUUUGUGGGGAGCACUUGCUGCUCUUGCGUAUUUUUAUAUGGUCUCUUCUUGGGGAGGUUAUGUUUUCCUUAUUAACUUAAUUCCUCUUCAUGUUUUGGUAUUAAUGAUAACAGGUCGAUUUUCCCACAGAAUUUAUGUUGCAUAUAGCACAUUAUAUUGUAUAGGAACAAUUCUUUCAAUGCAGAUUUCAUUUGUUGGCUUCCAGCCUGUUCAAAGUUCUGAGCAUAUGUUGGCAUUAGGUGUAUUUGGACUUUGUCAGAUUGUGGCAUUUACCGAUUAUUUACGAAGUAAACUAACCAUUGAAGAAUUUGAGACUCUCUUUGCAUUUUUAAUGUACACAUUGGGAGCCAUAUUAACUAUAGGUGCAGGAGCUCUAGCUCUCUCAGGGCGCAUAGCCCCAUGGACGGGACGAUUUUAUUCUCUACUUGAUCCUUCAUAUGCGAAGAAUCACAUUCCGAUUAUUGCUAGUGUUUCAGAACAUCAGCCAACUUCAUGGAGUUCAUUUUAUUUUGAUUUACAAAUUUUGGUGUUUCUGUUCCCAGCAGGACUAUACUUCUGCUUUAAAAGGUUAACCGACACUAAUAUAUUUCUAAUUCUCUAUGGCGCCAGUAGCGUUUAUUUUGCGGGAGUAAUGGUACGAUUGAUGCUGGUAUUAGCACCCGCUGCUUGUAUUCUUGCAGGAGUUGCUCUCAGCCACCUUCUGGCACGUUUCAUGGGUGCAGUUACAAUAUCGUUAGUACCUGAACAGAAGAAAAGAAAAGCCGCCCAAAUUCCAGCUCAAAGUGGCGCUACCGCUUCUGUAUUUGCAGUUCUCUCCAUAAUACUUCUUUGUUCCUAUACUUUGCAUUGCACCUGGGUCACUUCUGAAGCUUACUCUUCGCCAUCAAUUGUACUUAGUGCUAGAGCACAUGAUGGAGGGAGAAUCAUAUUUGAUGAUUUUCGGGAAGCAUAUGGAUGGUUGAGAGCUAAUACUCCCGUAGAUGCGCGUAUUAUGUCAUGGUGGGAUUAUGGUUAUCAAAUCACAGCAAUGGCGAAUAGAACUGUACUGGUUGACAAUAAUACUUGGAAUAACACACAUAUAAGUAGAGUGGGACAAGCUAUGGCCAGUUCUGAGGAAAAAGCACUGGAGAUAAUGAGGGAGCUUGAUGUGGACUAUGUACUGGUUAUUUUUGGAGGACUCACUGGUUAUUCGUCCGAUGAUAUCAACAAGUUCUUAUGGAUGGUUCGAAUCGGUGGAAGCACAGACCGUGGAGCUCAUAUUAAGGAGUGGGAUUAUUAUUCACCUAGUGGAGAAUUCAGAGUUGACAAGGAGGGAUCUCAAACGUUGCUCAAUUGCUUAAUAUAUAGCAUUUGGAUCCACAUGAUUUAAUGUCAAAAAUAUUUGGUUAACCAGACUGGUAAUCAGCUAUUUUUAAAAAUAUGGUUAACUUCAGAACGUUGUUUAAGUUAAGUACAGACAGGUGAUUUUGACUAUUGUGACGUAUGGCGCAAAAACUGGCCAUUCAGGCUGGUUGGAUUGAAAACAACUUUGCCCGAAUAAGUUGAAAAGCAAAAUAGUUUGGGGAAACCCGAAUAAUUUUAAUUUUAAUUAUAAUUAAAAAUUUAUUAAUAAAAAGGUCACAAUAA